AUGUCUACAACUACGAAGUCUGCUUCCCAAAGUCCCCCAAUCUCUUUGAAGCUACCGCUUGAGCAACUUCUUUGGAGAUUGCAACAAGAGCUACUGGCUACAGCCACCACUCUUGGAUACCACCUCUACUCCAUCUGGCUCUUCACUUACAGCGACAUAAAGACCAUCAUCGUUCCGAAAACCACUUUCGGAACGCUCUGCGCACUAGCAGCACCAGAUUCCCUUAACACUACUCUGGGUCUGGAUCAAUCUCCUCCCCUUCGCUAUCGACAACCAGAGACAUGCGAGCUCCUCGCCGAAGAUCGCAUGAACAAACCCUGGCGGACCAUGCCAUCAGGAAGGAUGAACCCAGCGCAAGCUAGAAAGUUGAUGUUCUGCUUGUAUGUGGUAGCCGCUUUCAUUAGCUGGAAGAUCGGAGGCUUGACUCAGUGCUUGGCCCUUAUGGCGCUCGGAUUUUGGUAUAAUGACAUGGGCGGUGCGGACCACAGCUGCAUUGUUCGCAACCUCAUCAACGGGAUGGGCUACAUCAGCUUCGCGCCAGGCGCCACUGAAGUUGCGAUAGGGUCGUCUCUACUCCCUUACAACAGAGUCGGGGCGCUCGACUGCCCGGAACUCCUGCUCUUCUGGAAAUGGGUGGCGCUCUUGAUCACUGUGGUCAUCACCACCGCGCACGCGCAAGACAUGCAUGAUCAGGCUGGCGACAGUGUCCGCGACCGGAAGACAGUGCCGCUUGUGAUGGGAGACGCUCCUGCGAGAAUUUCUCUCAUGGUAUGUACUUGCCUGUGGUCUGUCGUGUGCUGUCUGUUCUGGGAAGUCGGCGCUUUCGCUCUUGUCCUAGUUGGCAGUCUUGCGAUUGUUGUUUCAAUUAGGACAUGUGCGCUCAGAACGGCUAAAGCAGACAAGCGGACUUUUCUCCUUUGGAAUGGCUGGAUCACGUCAGUGUACAUGCUUCCCAUCCUGAAGCAUUGGUUUUGA